AUGAUCCAUCUGCCUCUCCCUCAGAACCCCCAGAGCAGUGGCGCCUCUCCCUCACAACCCCCAGAGCAGCGGCGCCUCUCCCGCACAACCCCCCAGAGCAGCGGCGCCUCUCCCUCACAACCCCCAGAGCAGCGGCGCCUCUUCCCCCCCGAACCCCCAGAGCAGCGGCGCCUCUCUCUCACAACCCCCCAGAGCAGAGGCGCCUCUCCCUCACAACGCUCCAGAGCAGCGGCGCCUCUCCCUCACAACCCCCCAGAGCAGCGGCGCCUCUCCCUCACAACCCCCCAGAGCAGCGGCGCCUCUCCCUCACAACCCCCCACAGCAGCGGCGCCUCUCCCUCACAACCCCCUUGAGCAGCGGCGCCUCUCCCUCACACCCCCCCAGAGCAGCGGCGCCUCUCCCUCACAACCCCCAGAGCAGCGGCGCCUCUCCCUCACAACCCCCCACAGCAGCGGCGCCUCUCCCUCACAACCCCCCAGAGCAGCGGCGCCUCUCCCUCACAAGCACCCACAGCAGCGGCGCCUCUCCCUCACAACACCCCCGGAGCAGUGGCGCCUCUCCCUCAGAACCCCCGAGAGCAGCGGCGCCUCUCCCUCACAACCUCCCAAAGCAGUGGCGCCUCUCCCUCACAACCCCCCAGAGCAGCGGCGCCUCUCCCUCACAACCCCCCAGAGCAGCGGCGCCUCUCCCUCACAACCCCCAGAGCAGCGGCGCCUCUCCCUCACAACCCCCAGCAGCGUGCCGUACGGCACCACAGCGUACCAUACGAGGACAGUCGUGGGACAGUGGGACUGUGAAACAGUGGUCGGAGAUUGGGACUGUGGGACAGUGAUGGAACAGCGGUGGGACAGUGGUGGGACUGUGGGACAGUUAGUGGGACUGUGGCGCCAUUUCCACCCAGUGAAGGUGAUUAAUGCGACAUGUGGCGCCUGGCUGGGCACGCAGCUGAUUGAUACCACAUGCGCUUCUCCAAAGCCCCAGCCCCUGCGCGUCCUCCCCCUCCCCACCGUCCUGAGCGGUGACAGCAGCGCUCACCCUGGUAUGCCCUCACAGCGGGCGCAUCGCCUUGAUCAUGGACUGCCAGGGCGUGUCCUCGCUGUGGCACCUGCCCGUGGUGCUGCUGCGCGCCACCAUCACCGCUCUGCACCGCAACUUCCCCCACCGCAUGGCCCGCCUGCCGUGCUGCACCUGCCGGCCACCCUGCGCCUCCUGGCUCGUGCCUUGCUGCAGGUGGCGAAGAGUGGAAGUGCUAGCAUGCCAGCUAGGCUGGCAGGCGGCUGCAUACGCGCAGUGUGCUGUGAGGAAGAAGCAGAGACAGAGGCGGAGGGGAGAGGUGGGCCCAUUGCGGAGCAGAGGCACGGCGGGAAGGGGAGAGAAGCUGAGGCACGCGUGGGAGCAGAGGGUGCUUCAGCAGGAGCAGAGGCAGCCAGAGAUGCAUCGUUACCAGGCCACUUCGACUUGCUCCCACUCGAACACUCUUGGGGUGGAGUGGGCAGAGAGACGGUGGGUGAGCCGGCACGCGGUGUGGAGCAUGCUGCUGCUGCUGCUCAUGGCGUCACUCUCACCGCUCUCUGCCUUUGCUCCGCUGCUGCCAUGGCUAGUUAG